AUGGCCAGCAAUGCUCAAAACAAGACCCUGCUAGUUGCUGCUUUUGACUUUGGUACCACGUAUAGCGGCUAUGCUUUCUCUUUCCGAGACGAUCCUAAAAAGAUUCAGACAAACCAGAAUUGGUAUGCAGGCGGUGGAUCUUCCAAACUGGUGUCAUUAAAGACUCCUACCUCCGUUCUUCUCAAACCCAAAGGACAGUUUGAUUCGUUUGGAUUCGAAGCUGAAGAUAAGUACGCAGACCUAGCGGAAGACGAUGAGCAUCACGGCUGGAGGCUUUUCCGGAGAUUUAAAAUGGUUCUGCAUAGUAAUGAGCACUUGACGAAAGAAGUUACGGUGGAGGACAUUUGCGGAAAACAGAUGAAGGCUUUCCCGCUGUUUGUCCUGUCUAUACAUUUCAUGAGAGAGCACUUGCUAGAUGCCGUUAAGAAGCAAAAGAUAGGAAUCGAAGAAACGGACAUAUCUUAUGUGUUGACCGUCCCGGCUAUCUGGGAAGACAAUGCCAAGAGGUUCAUGAGGGAUGCAGCAGUUGCAGCUGGAAUAGACCCAAACCGCCUUAAGCUUGCCUUGGAGCCGGAGUGUGCCUCGAUCUGGUGUGAGACGUUGGGUAUGGACAUAAAAGGCGCUGUAUCGAUUCCAGGAGCUCAGUACAUGGUUGUCGAUCUUGGAGGGGGAACAGCAGAUAUAUCCGUACACGAAAGAAAACCAGACGGAAACUUGAAGGAAAUCCACAAAGCCAGCGGCGGUCCUUGGGGAGGCAUCUUUGUUGAUGAAAAUUACAUGAAAAUGUUGGGUUGUUUGUUUGGGGAAAGGGCUCUCAUUGAACUGCAAAGUACGGAAAUGGGUGAUUAUUUUGAUAUCACUCGUGAAUUUGAGCACAAAAAACGAUCCUUUGAUAGCGUUAAAACAAAGCAUAUUAUUGUUCGUUUGUCUGCUUCAUUGUGUAACCUUGCUAAAGAGCAUUCGAAACAAUCGAUUGAAGAAAGAAUUGCAGCAUUGGAAAUUUCCAUGACACUGAAGGGUCAGGACAAGCUGAAAAUCGAUGGGGCAGUUAUCCAAUCAUGGUUCAAAAGUCCAAUCGACAUGCUGAUCCAGCAUAUAAGGUCACUUCUAGCAGAAGCAAAAAUGAAACGCGUGCAAACUAUCGUUCUAGUUGGUGGCUUCGGUGAAAGCCCGUACGUUCAGGAAAGAAUGAGGAAUGAAAUACCAGCCGUGAGGAUGAUCGUUCCUGAAGACGCGGGCCUCGCCGUGAUAAAAGGCGCAGUGAGGUUUGGACACAACCCAGCCAUUGUCAGCUCAAGGAUUAUGAAAUACACGUAUGGGACAAAAGUGUUGGUCGAGUUUGAUGAAAAGAAACACCCAGGUGAUAAGAAGGUAUGGAAGAAUGGAGAGUGGUGGGUGCCUAAUUGUUUCAAGGUGUACAGUCGGGAGAACGAUAAGGUGGGAGUGGACGUUCAGGUGACCAAGAUGGGUACUCCUUACAGUAAAGUUUCCCUUACACCCGUCUAUAGGACGAUACAGGAGAACCCCGAGUACGUGACAGACCCUGGAUGUGAACUCAUUGGGACUAUAAGACUGGAAAACAGCAUUGACAUUCCAUUUGAAGAACAGGAUAUAGAAGACACGUUUGUGUUCGGGGAUACUGAGUUGCUGGUAAAGACGAAGAACAUGGCCACGGGGAAAGAAGUAUUCAUGACAUUUGAGUGUUUCAAAUACAUAGUUUGAAGGAUGAUGAGUGUGGAAAAGCACAUCAGAACGUUUGUAGAGUAUUGCAUACUUAUGCCACAAAAUAUGUAAUUGUAUAGAACGUUUCACAAAACUAUUAUAUAGAUUGUUUCGAAAGUGUUUGCUUGUAAGUUUCACGUUUGAAUAUAUAUUCAUCAAUUUUCUUGUUCGAAAAUGCCUUAACCCUUUACCUGAUAGAAACUUAAUUCUACUCCUCUAUCUUCAGCUUGAUAUAUACUCAUAUUUACUACAUUACUGAUAGCCUCAUUCAUUCUCAAUGACCAAAAUAUACGUUACCUGGAAUAAAAAAUCAUCUACUAAAUGUGACAUAUAUAUCCAUCAACACAAAAUACCGUUACUGGUGCAAACAAAAUAUAUGUUACUACUAAACGUUUUUCAACAAUUGAUUCAUUUGAGAAACUGGCAUCUAAUCUUUCUAAGUCUGCGAUCUGGGUCAUAAAACAAUGCCCAAAGGGUUAAACAGAUGGCAGAUGGCCUAUCAAUUUUAGUCAGAUGUAUGGGAAUAAAUAAAUAUAAAUCAAUAGAUAGCCAAAUAAAACAAGAACACAUUUCUGAUGAAAAUCUAUCAGGGAAAGGUUUAAAUGUAGAACAGACAUAUAUUGGAUGAGAUCAUGUCUGUAUUUACAAUAAUUAACAUAUUAUGUAUUGCAUUGUUAUAGUACCAGUUUAUACGGAUUUCAAUUAUGAUAAUAAAGUUAUG